UGAUCCUACAAAAUAGUAGCCAUGAUUUUCAUAGGCAAGGAAUAUCGGGAAAAAUAAAGAAAACAUCACUAUAAAACAUAUUGCGUCCAUCGAUCGGUCUCUUCUAGAGGUCUUGGCCACCUCUCCCCUUUUCGGAACACGGCAUUGACUUUUCACUACCAAACACGCCUACAUAGUUCACCAACUUGACCACUUCCCUAGACCCACAUUUCACUCAUACCCAUAAUGUCACUAAGCCGUCACGUUGACCCCGAGGAGAUCAUCCAUCACCUCAAGGACAUCAAGCUCCAAGAAAAGGGCAGUGGAAGCCAGAGGCAGAAUCACCUUACACCCUACAACAGCUCCUACGCCAGCCAAGAAGACAUUCCCAAGUACAAGAUCCCCGAGAAAGGCACUCCAGGAGACACCGUCUACGCCAUGCUCAGGGACGAGCUGGACCUAGACGGCAGGCCAAAUCUCAACAUGGCCAGCUUCGUCAACACUUAUAUUGAGAAAGACGCCCAGAAGCUCUUUGUCGAGAACCUAGGCAAGAACCUCUCCGACAAUGACGAAUAUCCCGCCAUGAUCUCCUUCAGCGACCGCUGCGUCAGCAUCCUCGCCCAUCUCUGGGGUGUCCAAAAGGGCGAAAAGGCCAUUGGCACCGCCACCGUCGGCUCCUCGGAAGCCGUUCACCUCGGCGGCUUAGCCAUGAAGCGUCGAUGGCAGGAGAAGCGCCGGGCCGAGGGCAAAGACGCCUACAAGCCCAACAUCAUCAUGGGCGCCAACGCGCAAGUCGCUCUGGAAAAGUUCGCCCGCUACUUCGACGUCGAGGCCCGUAUCCUGCCCGUCUCGGCCCAGAGCAACUACUGCCUGGACCCAGCUUUGGUAAAAGAGAACCUGGAUGAGAACACCAUCGGCGUCUUUGUCAUCCUCGGCAGCACUUAUACAGGCCACUACGAGCCCGUCGAAGAAAUCCACAAGAUCCUCGAUGACUUUGAAUCGCAAACAGGCAUCGACAUCCCCAUCCACGUCGAUGCCGCCAGCGGGGGGUUCGUCGCCCCCUUUACCCACGCCAAGACAGGCGGACAGAAAUGGAACUUUGAGCUUCCCCGCGUCAAGUCCAUCAACGUCUCGGGUCACAAGUACGGCCUAGUCACGCCCGGUGUAGGGUGGAUCGUGUGGAGGGACGAAUCCUUUUUGCCCAAGCAUUUGAUUUUCGAGCUGCACUACUUGGGGGGAACCGAGUACAGCUACACGCUUAACUUCUCGCGCCCCGGUGCGCAGGUCAUUGUGCAGUAUUACAAUCUCAUCCACCUCGGGUUUCAGGGGUAUCGCGCCGUGGUGGAGAACUGUCUCUCCAAUGCGCGCUUGUUGUCCAAAGCGCUGGAGGCGACAGGGUGGUAUACCUGCGUUAGCGAUAUUCAUCGGCCGCCGCAAAAGCAAGAAGGUUCUGUGAAGUCUGGGUCGAGCGGUUAUGAGAGGAAGAACGAUCAGAGCGGCUCCGAGAGCCAGAAUGAUGACCAAAAGGCCGAAAGUGAAGAGUCCAAGACCCAUGCCUCUUCUUCUUCGUUGUCGUCAAAGGACACCCCCGAAACGGACAAAAACCGCGAAGAAACCUCCGCCGACUACACCCCCGGCCUCCCCGUCGUCUCGUUCCGCUUCACCGACGAGUUCCAGCAAGAGUACCCGCACGUAAAGCAAGAAACCGUGUCCCUUUUGAUGCGCGCCCGGCAGUGGAUCAUUCCCAACUACGCUUUGCCGCCCAACGAGGACCAGACGGAGAUUUUGAGGGUGGUGAUUCGCGAGUCGUUUUCGUUUGAUUUAAUCGAUAGGCUUGUUACGGACUUGGUGAGGGUUACGGAGACGCUGAGGGAGAACGAUGAGGUUGAUUUGAGCUUGUUGCAGCAGCAUCAGGGGGGACGGAGGAGGCCAAUUACGAAGGACGAUAAGAGAAUAGAGAAGGAGGAGAGGGAGGGGGAGGAGAGAAAGGGGGAGGAAAGGGGGGAGGAGAAGGGGAAGAGGAUGGGAGAGGGAAUCCAUAGAAGUGUUUGUUAAAGCUGGGUCUGGUCGUAAUGGUUGACUGUAACGGGAAGGUUUGAGAUCGAGCGGCAUGUUGAUAAAACAACAACCGCUCGUUCAGAGCAAUGGUGAACCGUAUGAAUGUCUCGUUCUGUCGACUGGAACGUUCCCAGAUACCAUAUAGGUAGACCGGCUACUAGAAUGUGAAGACCCCUUUUCGUAUCUUAGCACACCGUUCCCGAUCCGGACAGGCAAUAGGUUUUUUUUUAUGUUUUGAGUUUUCGAGACUCAAUCGGUAGACCACUGUGCCAUCUAACCAAGCGGUUGUUGUUGGAAGGAGGAACCAACCAGGUCCCUUAUA